CUGGACGGUCAGUCAGUCGCAUUUCGGUUAAUAGUCGUUCGUUCGGGUACUGUAGUCUUUAAUAGAGAACCUCUUUAUCCGAGUGGCUCGAGAUCGUCAUUCGUCGCACGUCUGCGAAGCUCUCGGUGGGAGUACAUAACCUUAUCGUUGUUUUCCUGCUCGAAAGUGAUUCACAAAAGCGACUCGACUGAUUGAAUUACAUACUCAAUAGUGAUACAUUGAGUAAGUUUGAUCAGAACAACAACACUCUAGUCCAGCCAUGCAGAACGUGAUCAAUUCGGUCAAAGGGACCGCUCUUGGAGUCGCCGAGUAUUUAACGCCGGUGUUGAAGGAAUCCAAGUUCAGGGAGACAGGAGUGUUAACACCGGAAGAGUUUGUAGCUGCUGGAGACCACCUGACACACCACUGUCCAACUUGGUCUUGGGCGAUCGGAGACGAAGCUAAGAUAAAGUCCUAUCUUCCGAAGGACAAGCAAUUUCUCAUAACUCGUAAUGUGCCAUGCUAUCGACGUUGCAAGCAGAUGGAAUACGUCGGUGAGGAAACCCUUGUAGAGGAAAAUGAUCAAGAUGGGGGAUGGGUUGAGACACACCAUUUCAAUCCGGAUGGAUCCGGUGGAUCCGGUUUGGAAGAUAAGGUCUGCGAGAUGACACUGGAGGGAGCCAAAAUGGAUGAUUCUAUGAAUCUUGAAGGUGGCAACGGUGACGACGACGACGAUGACGAUGAAGAUGGUGCGGCUAUCGAUAUGGACGAGUUCGAGGAGAGUGGUAUGUUGGAUCAUGUUGAUCCGUCACUGGCCACCGUUCCGGUGGAGAGCGUCAAGACGAAUAAAACGUCGGAAACCGACGGGGAUUCGGUAGUUCACACAAGAACCUACGAUCUGCAUAUAACGUACGAUAAGUACUACCAGACUCCCCGGCUGUGGGUAGUCGGCUACGACGAGAACCGUAAACCGCUUACAGUUGAACAGAUGUACGAGGAUGUUAGCCAGGACCAUGCCAAAAAGACUGUAACGAUGGAAACUCAUCCGCAUCUGCCGGGACCGAACAUGGCUUCCGUUCACCCGUGCAAGCACGCCGACAUUAUGAAGAAGAUCAUCCAAACCGUGGAGGACGGCGGUGGCGAAUUGGGAGUGCAUAUGUAUCUGAUCAUUUUCCUGAAAUUCGUUCAAACGGUGAUACCAACCAUCGAAUACGAUUUCACGCAGAAUUUCAACAUAACUAAUAAUAAGUAAACCAAAAACCACCAAAUCACCAGCCACGAAAAAAAAAAACAUCCACACAAACUGAUAUUAUAAACUUGCGCUUUGGCAAAUAUCCAAUAAGGCAACCAUACACCCGCACUUGUAUCCCGCGUUAAGCUUGCGCGAAAACGACAACAGCUAUGCCAUCAUGCGAUUGCUUUGUGUAGAUGGGCUUGAAAUCUUAUUAAACAAAAACAUAAGUAUCACACCAAUGUUACGAUCCGCAUACACCGCCGGAAAGUUGUUGAACGACGAAUUACCUUUAACCAGAGCAAUGAGGAACACGGAACUGCAUGAUGUUCCCAAGAUUGAGUGCAAGAGCUGAUAAAUGUUGGUGUAAAAAUCACUUCAGAGCUAAAUAAAAG